AUGUCACGGCUCCAGAUCCAGACAGCAAGUCCGAAACACUCGAUAUGGCAUGACAUAUCCGAAGAUACAUUUCGCCAACACUUAGUCGACCUCGAGAAAUGCACAAAUGCUGUACCAAUAGGACCACAGACUUUUCCAAUCGUCUUGGAGAAAUCAGCAGAUGACUACACACUUCCUUUGAACGUAGAGCAGAAAUUAGCAGAUGAUCUGGCUUUCCUAGCUGCAAUUGAAGAGGGGGCUCAAAGUGUCGCUGCCGUAUGCUUGGAAGAGCAUCAUCAACCAGGUCAUCUCACAGUACGGUUCGCAGCAUUAGACCUUUCUCUCAGCGAUGAGGUGAAGAUUGCUCUAAGCAGUGUGAUCGAUACUCUAGGUACCACUUCGACUCUCGGUAGGGCAGAGACUAUAGAGAAUCUGUUUGCACAGAUAGUGAGUUUGCAUUUCCGACGAUUGCUCGCCAGACUCCGAUCGAAAAAAUGGAACAAACCAAAAUAUCUGGCAAAACAACACAAAAAGCCGCUGUGGCAGGACUUUGCAAAUCUUCUCCAUCGAAUCGAGUUCGUGUAUACGAAGAGAGAGGCGGCUCUGAGGAAGACUGUGGAAGCUCUAGUACAGCAUCUUGCUGCGGUUUACGAAGGCUUUGAGCAAGUGGAGCCGGGAACACAAGAUGAAGAACCCGCACUUCAAGAGCUGAUCAAAGCAAGUCAUCAGUUCUGCACGACAACUGAGAUUAUGGACUUUGCACAUCGCCUGGAGAGUAGCGUCAGCAGAUCGCCAACACCCAAAGUUGCAUCAGCCAUAAAAUGCCUGCGCCAACUAGAGAAGAUAGCGGCAUACUGGCGAGUCGCCACAUCACUUGCGACUGCGAGUCUGGAGUAUCCUUCGUUGUUCCAGACGAACAUUGAGCUAGCUUUCCUAAUACCAUACAAAAGCAUUCCUACCACGAUCGGUUACGAGUCUUGGGCAAAGACAUGUCAUGUACAUGCUGAAGUGCAGCUCACAGUACACUAUGAUAUCCUCUUCCAGACUACAAGGCCAAGUUUCCGACCCCCUCGUGUUAUUGGAACCUCCAAAUGGCUUUGUUACCUCUGUUACUUGUUCCUACGAACUCACGGGUCGUUCUGCCCGGCCAACACGCACGGUCGCCUGUACGAUCAAUGGACGAUACCGGAUCUGGCUGAGUACGGAGAUGAAUUACGAGAUCGAUAUCGUGAGGUUAUUCGUGAUAUGGACUGGGAGGUCGUCAGAGAGACGGGCGAUGGCAGCCUAAAUGAUGAUGGAUCUGUCUUGGUAAGGUGGCGGGCUGAGCCAAUGACAAGUCGAGAAAAUCUGCUAGGUGUAGACGGUGCAUGUUGA